AAUUUCAAAAUGAAAAUAAAAAAUAAAAAAAAAAAACGAAAAAGCGCAUCGGUGGGCUUUAUCACUUGUAGCCACUAGUUUUCUGCCACUUGUCAUCAUCCAAUGCAACGACCUUUCUCUAUUGCCUUCUUCACUUGUUUGUAGCCUCAAAAAUAAUAAAAACUCACUCGUUUUUUUUUUCUUUUUUUAAUUUUAAUUUUUAAUUGUUGCAAAAUCCAGAAGAAAUUAUAGUGGCUGAGAUUGCUCCGACGCCCAAAAUUGUAACUUCCGGUGCGUUAGGUCUCUUUGAGAAAGAAAAAUGAAAGAAACAAAUUAGAAGGAACAAAAAAAAAAAAAAAAAAAAAAAAAGAAGAAGAAGAAGAAGAAGAAGGAAGGAAGAAGAAAAUACUCUGUGUUGUGUUGCUACUACUUCAUUCUCUCUUCUUCGAAAAUCUUGAUUCCUCAUCUUUAGAUUCCUCAUCUUGAUUCACGUUCUUAAUUGCCGGAAACCAUGAGUUUUCUGGUGACUUUUUGGUGAUUUCACUCUCAUGCAUGAUCGGAGUAGCUACUGUUCCUUUCCGAAUUACAUCUAACCAUGACUACCAUCGAAGGUUUUGGCGUCUUCCAGUUCGUUUUGAGACGGAUCGCUACCGAUUGCUGUCGCUUUUUUUCUGUCUUGCAGUAGCAUCUAGGAGCCAGGUAACAAAAGCAACAACGGCUUCACCAUUUAGAAUUUAUUAUAUCCCUAACAAUGAAAGGAGGUUUUCAUUUUACCCGUUGCUCGUUAGAGAGGAUUUGAAGCAGCGGUAGCUGCUCAGGUCCGUUGAUGGAUCCCAACUCCUCGGGAGAAGACUUGGUUUUUAAGACCAGGAAGCCAUAUACUAUUACAAAACAACGAGAGCGUUGGACGGAGGAGGAGCACAAUAGAUUUCUUGAGGCACUAAAGCUCUAUGGGCGAGCAUGGCAAAGAAUUGAAGAACAUAUUGGAACUAAAACUGCAGUCCAGAUACGAAGUCAUGCACAAAAGUUCUUUUCAAAGUUGGAAAAAGAAGCACUUGUCAAGGGAAUUCCUGUAGGACAAACUCUGGAUAUAGAUAUUCCACCACCUCGGCCUAAGAGGAAACCAAGUAAUCCAUAUCCAAGGAAAACUCCUAUAUCAAAGUUGGGUGCAAAUGACGGGAAGGUAUUGACUUUGGUGUCUUCUUCACAGAGGAAACAAAUCUUAGAUUUGGAGAAAGAGCCACUGAAUGAGGGCACUAGUGGAGAAGAACAAGCAACAAAUGAAAAGGAUACCCAUGACGACAAUUACUCGGAAGUAUUUACCCUAUCACGAGAGGCCAACUCCAUUUCUUGGAAAAACACAAAUUGUGUACCUUCGCAAGUUAAACUAAAUGACUCGUGUGCUUUCAGGGAGUUUGUGCCUUCACUUAAAGAGGUAACUGGGCAAUAUAAAACAAAUGAAUCUUAUAUGUUCUCUCAACUUAUACUGCAUUGUAAUAUUAUUCUACAUUACGUUGAUGCCAAACAGCCACUCCAGGAUAAAGGCCCGGGCAAAGUUUUAGAAUUGGAGAUUUCAAGCACUUCACAAGAAAAAUCUAUGCCUGCUGAAAAGAAAGAAGCUUUAAGCUGCGUACUAUCUGGAGAUGAAAUGCAAGCUGCUCAUAAUUAUCCAAGGCAUGUGCCUGUGCAUGUGGUAGAUGGAAGCUUGGGAGCAAAUGUUCAAGGGUCAGUAACCAAUACUCCGCUGCAGGAAUCCACUUUUCAUCCAGCAAUGGAGGUUCGAGGAGAGCAUAAUAUAAUUGGGAAUCCAUCUGAUUCUGUUACCUUUGAACAUCAAAAUAAUGCACCUAGGUGCAUUUAUCAAUCAUAUCCAACUAUUCAUCCUACUCCAUUUACCUUAUUUCGCCCUAACCAAGAACAUUACAAGUCACUUCUGCACAUGUCCUCCUCAUUUUCAAAUCUUGUUGUGUCUACCCUUCAACAAAACCCUGCAGCCCAUGCAAUAGCUAGUUUGACAGCAACGUGUUGGCCCUAUGUGAAUCCUGAAACUUCUGUAGAUUCUCCCGUUUGUGAUAAAGAAGGUUCUGGAACCAAGCAAAUGAACCCCACCCCAAGUAUUGAAGCCAUUGCUGCAGCUACUGUAGCAGCUGCAACUGCAUGGUGGGCGGCCCAUGGACUGCUACCUUUGUGUGCUCCUUUUCAUUCUGCCUUUCCCAGUGCCGGUGUAUCAGCUCCUGUAGUACAAUCAUCAGAUACCUGUCAAAAUGUUGAGUCCAGGGACAAAGUAGAAAGUUCCCAACAAAUUGUUGCUUUGCAAAAUCAACAACUGGAUGCAGAACAAUCAGAAGCUUUAACUGCUCAACAUUCAGGUUCCAAGUUACCUACUCAUUCAUCUUCUGAUUCUGAGGGUAGUGGAGGUGCAAAUGCAAAUGCUACGGUGAAACCUGCCCAUGACGAGAAGACACCUGCUGAGGUUGAGUUUCAUGAUUCAAACAAAGGGAAGAGGGGAAAACAAGUAGAUCGUUCCUCGUGUGGUUCAAAUACACCAUCUGGAAGUGAUCAAGAGAUAGAUGCAACAGAAAAUAAUGAUAAAGAAGAAAAGGAGGAAGAAAAAGAUCUUGAGAUGAAUCGUCCAGCUGUCGAGUCUAGCAAUCGUCGCAGUAGAAGUAUCAGUAACACAAGUGAAUCUUGGAAGGAGGUUUCUGAUGAGGGGCGGCUGGCUUUUCAAGCGCUCUUCACUCGUGAUGUAUUGCCUCAAAGCUUUUCACCUCCCUAUGAUGUAGAAAUUGAGAACAAGGCAAGUGAGAACGUUGAGAAAGAUAGUCAUGUUGUAGAUAAAGAUAGUGGUGCAUCAGUUUUGGACCUUAACGGCAAGACUUGUGGAUCUUCUAGUCAUCAAAGUACAGAGAGAGAUACAUCAGCAAUAGGUAUCAACAAUGGAGAGGGAGAACUUCUCACAAUUGGACUAGGAAAUGGAACCCCCAAGGGUUGUCGAACCGGAUUCAAACCCUAUAAAAGAUGUUCAGUGGAAGCAAAAGAAAAGAGAAUGACAACAUCCAGCAACCACUGUGAGGAGGGAGGUCAAAAAAGACUACGCUUGGAGCAGAAAGCCACAAAUUGACAGUUUGAUUCGCAUGCAAACUAGCAAAGGAAACCUUUGUCUGCUGCAUUUCCAAGAACAGAACUCUAGAAGACUCUUGUGAUUUGAGUCAAAGUUGAUUAUUUGAACAGAGUCCCAUCUCUUAUCUCUAUCAGGAAGUAUUCUUUGGGAGGAGCACUACUGGCUGUAAGUUUCUUAAUCCUCUCAUGCUUAAGCUAUUAUUAGAUCUUUUUCUUUUUUUCGUUUUUUUUCUUUUAAAUUAUCCUGAGUAGCUAACAGAAGACAAUAAAUAUUGGGGAAGAACCUGAAUCCUAGUUUUAGGUCGUUUUGGCUGUUUAAUUGAGAAAAUAUGAAUACGAUCAUCUCCAUAUAUUUCGAUAUUCUUGGUAAUUAAACUUUUCGUUCUGUUUUUUAAUAUUCUGAUGGUUGAAGCAGAUCUGGACCGUUUUACAAUCUCCAGUUUACUUAUUAGGAAUUGGAAAGUCGAAUGAAAUUAGGGUGUGUUUACGUAUUUGUUAGGAAUUUUGGGUGCAGCGUGCAAUUGUAAUUUUAUUGGAUCUUAAAGGGAAUGGGUUGCAAUGGUAAUCAAGUUGCUCUCUGUGUAAUCGAAUAGGUUGAAUCGUAAUCAGAAAUCCAUUGAUAGUGUUUACUUUUAUGGUAAUCAAAUCUGAUGGAAUUUGUUUCAAAUCGAAGAUGCGAGGUGGUGUUGUUCGUCCACAGAAAACUAUAUUCGAAAGUCCCAAUUUCUAGAAUGCAAAGUUAAAAAAUGUGUACAUUGGAGGUAAUAAAGUGUGGUAAAUGUAUGUACAUACUUCAUGAGAGGUAGGGUAUAGGGUGGGUAGAGAGAGUUGUAAGAGAUUCCGAAGAAGAGGACCCAUGGAACAGAUCCCGUUCAAUUAAGGUUGUUAGGGUUCAAUUAAGGUCGUUAGGGUUUUAUCUUAUUAGAACUUUUACAGAAAUUUCAUGCUAGAUUUUCUCUUAGUAAACCCACUAGGUUGCCUGAUUAUUACAUCCUUCAAACUUGUAAUAUGAGUGACUAAUAUGUAAUUUUAAAUGAGGAUAUAUAUACAAAUAUAUAUGCACAUAUACAUCACAUUUUA